CCACAAUCCUCCAUCCCAAUCUCGAGCUAUCUAUUCUCAUCUCCUCCUCGCCGCCGAGUUCCAGCAGCAGCCAUGGACGUCUCAAGCACCGCGGCCGGAUCCAAGGGCAAGAAGGGAGCCGCGGGGCGGAAGGCCGGCGGCGGGCCGAGGAAGAAGUCUGUAACGCGGUCCGUGAAGGCCGGGCUCCAGUUCCCGGUCGGCCGCAUCGGGCGCUACCUCAAGAAGGGCCGCUACGCGCAGCGCGUGGGCACGGGCGCCCCCGUCUACCUGGCCGCCGUGCUCGAGUACCUCGCCGCCGAGGUGCUGGAGCUCGCCGGGAACGCCGCCAAGGACAACAAGAAGAGCCGCAUCAUCCCGCGCCACCUGCUGCUCGCCAUCCGCAACGACGAGGAGCUCGGCAGGCUGCUCGCCGGCGUCACCAUCGCGCACGGCGGCGUGCUGCCCAAGAUCAACCCCGUGCUCCUGCCCAAGAAGACGGCCGAGAAGGCCGCCAAGGAGCCCAAGUCCCCCAAGAAGACCGCCAAGUCGCCCAAGAAGGCUUAGAGCGACGCGUUCGGAUCUGUUACUUCCUUCACAGAGUAGUCUGCUAGUGUUCGGCUGGUUGUGUAGCUGUACCCUGUUAUGUCCUUUGUUAAAUGUUAAUGAAAUGCUAGAAAUUUCUUUGGAUA